CCCUGACAACGAGUUUCUGUCUCCUGAAUCUACUGAAAAGAGAAUCAACGUAUUCGGGGACACGAUUUACCAUAAUAAUACGAGUUGCAGUGUAAAGUCGAGUGUUGGAUGAGCGUUAAAAGGACGUAACCAGGAGGAAACAGAAAGUGGCGACUGCGCGGGGUAAAAGCGGUCAUCGCACGCAUCUCGUGUAGUUGUGCAGCAUCCGACUUGGAUGCGCAACAACACACAGUAGGUGACGCCGACGUACCAAGGAAUUGUGCGCCGAGCCAAAACUCUUAGUCUGCCGCGGCACUUCGUGGCGAGUGGUCAUCCUCCCAUUAUUUCCCCUCCCACACCGAUCAGCUGUCAAACUCCAUCACGUGCACCCAAACAAGUUAUUAGUUUCAAGUGACUGUGACUAAUUCGAACAAUUAUCUUGGAAUUCCACCACUCCUCCAGUGUCCAGCUCCGAUUUCAAUAACAGAGUAAAUCCGAGUAGCUGGUGGCAGUGUGUUGUCCAAGGAGGACACAAUGCCGUCGUUUGCGGGAAUGUUGGUGCUGUUUACGACAGGACUCGGGGUCCUUAUGCCAGUCGUUAGUGGUGAGCUCUACACAGCUCUAGCUGACAUGGAAGAGCUACUUGAGACCGAGUCGGUCCUCAUUGACACACUUCAUGGUUACAUUAAAGCCCAGAACCAGAGAUUGGAAACAUUAAGGAGAAAUGUCGAAGAUUAUGCUCGAGAGCACGAGGAGGCCUCUCGCAACAUCCAGCAGUACUUGUCUAACCCAAUAAAUGCAUAUUUGCUGGUGAAACGAUUAACCACUGACUGGAAACGGGUGGAAGAACUGAUCACUGAGGAUGUUGGCAAAGCAUUUGUGUCAAACAUCACCAGUUCGCGGAAUAAUCUCAAAUUUCCUACUGAUGAAGAUCUCAACGGAGCUGCUGUAGCACUCAUGAGACUCCAGGAUACCUACAAACUUGAUACAUCCCAUGUAGCCCGGGGAGUACUCAAUGGAGUGCAGUAUAGCACAGGUUUGAGUGCUGGAGACUGCUUCGAGCUCGGUCGCCAGUCCUACAACAACGGCGACUACUACCACACAGUGCUGUGGAUGCAGGAAGCCAUGAAUCGUCUCCAAGACGAGCAGAAUAGAACCACCACAAGCAAACCUGAUGUUCUCGAGUACCUGGCAUAUUCCACUUACAUGCAAGGUAACGUUGCACGUGCCUUGAGCAUGACGAAUGAGCUUCUUGAGUUGGUGCCGAGUCAUCAGAGGGCCUUGGGCAAUCGGGCGUAUUAUCAGGAAGAAAUACUCAAGAGCCAGGGUCAGAGGAAACUCGGCGAGGACGGCAAGAACGAUAUGCCGGUCACUAGCCAGUUUACUAUUGUGGAAAAGAAAAUGAAAGCCCUGGAGGAUAUGACAGAGCGUGAGAGGUACGAGAUGUUGUGCCGAGAGGAGGUACCUCUUUCCCCCCAGAUACAAAAACAAUUAAAGUGUCGAUAUACCGAUCGUGGAAUUCCAUUCCUGAAGAUUGCACCAUUCAAAGAGGAAGAGGCCUACCUCGAUCCUCGUAUCGUCAUCUACCACGACGUUAUUUACGACGAUGAGAUCGAAACCAUCAAGCGAAUGGCUCAACCAAGAUUCAAACGUGCUACAGUGCAGAAUUACAAGACCGGCGAACUGGAAAUAGCCAACUAUCGAAUAAGUAAAAGUGCUUGGCUGCAGGAGUACGAACACAAGCACGUGCAAGCAGUGAGUAGAAGGGUGGAGCAUAUGACCAGUAUGACUGUGGACACAGCCGAGGACCUUCAGGUGGUCAAUUAUGGCAUCGGAGGUCAUUACGAGCCCCACUUUGACUUUGCCAGGAGGGAGGAGACUAAUGCAUUUAAGAGCCUAGGCACUGGUAAUCGUAUUGCCACGGUUCUCUAUUACAUGAGUGACGUCGAGCAAGGGGGUGGAACAGUUUUCACAUCAAUAAACAUAUCACUAUGGCCGAAAAAGGGAGCUGCUGCGUUCUGGUAUAAUUUGAAACCCAAUGGCGAGGGUGAUUACAGGAGCAGACAUGCAGCAUGUCCAGUACUCACUGGAUCCAAAUGGGUGGCGAACAAGUGGCUGCAUGAGCGUGGACAAGAAUUCUUAAGGCCUUGCACCCUAGAAAAUCAACCCCCCGACGUCGACCUCGGUAGAUACUGAGAUAUCGAAUCAAUCGCAUUGCCAGUUCUCAGAAGAUGUGCGAUUAUCGAGGAUUACCAAUACAGGGCUGAAAAAAGUAACGAACUGGAGUGAAUCAUUAAAACAAAGUCAUUGAAGGUUUAUAACUUCUUUUACCACUGAGGAAUGCGUGCUCCUGGCUCAUAUUGUAAUAGUAUAUCGUCGAAAUAUCGACCUCGUUCAUGUCACAUUUUCCAAGUUAAUUCACCAGUUAAAUAUGACUCUAUUUGAAGAGGUGAAUUCGUGACAGGAGUUUUGACUCAACUCAAUGAGGGAAAAUAUCAUUUUGUACUAUAAAAUAUUAUUGUAAUGAUUCUUAUUAGAAAUUUUCGACGACGAGUGAUGGGCUUCGAUAAUUGUUAAGAUUUGAAUGAAUAAAUCAUCAUAUUGUGAUCAAUAUAAACGUAAUACGAAGUGAGAGAUGGAAAACCACGAAUAGAUCAAGUACUUCAUAUAGCUAGAAAUAAAACAAUUAAAUACUGAAUUUCGUAGCAAUUAAUGUACCGAUUCAUAGGCGAAAGCUUAUUUUUAUCAAUGAUUUUAAUCACUUUCAUUCCUUUUUUUAAUCAAGAUAAUUCUCUGAGUAUUAAAAAAAUCUGAUUUCCAUGUGACCCGUUUUGCAAUUCUCUCAGAAGGGUGAUCAAAGAUUUUGGGUUAAAGGGAAUUGGAUAUCACUCGAACUCUCCGCCGUGGAAAUAUUUCACUCCACUUUCCCUUUUAUGGUUGGAUAAAUAACAUUAACUGAACUUAAUUACACGAGAAUUGUCUAUAGCUUCCCAAAGAUGUACUAAGUGACUACAGAAUCUUUUUACAAUUUUAUUUGUGAAAAUUAAAUGAUCUUGAAAUAA